AUGCGACAGUCGCCUUUGGCCUCCAUAAGGAGACGAGCAAGAAGGCUCUGGAGGAAGCUUAGGAGAAGUACAAGCUCCUCGAUCCGCAACGGCGGAAAAGCGUCCGUUGCGAGAUCCGGCGCCGUGACCCGGUUGAGACACCCGAACAUCGUGGAGUUUCACGAAGCCUUGGACACGCCCAAGCAGAUCUACCUGAUCAUGGAUUUCGUUUCGGGGGGGUCGCUGCACCACUUUUUGAAGAAGCGACCCAAUCGGCGCACCGACGACCCGUUGGCAAAGCGCCUUUUCUUCCAGGUGUGCCAGGGCAUCAAAUACCUACAUGAUCGCCACAUCGUCCACCGCGAUGUGAAGCUCGAGAAUUUGCUCUUGGAUGAGCAGGGAGCUGUGAAGAUCAUCGACUUUGGCUUCUCCACCAUCGUCCCACCGGGGAAGAAGUUGAAGGUCUUCUGCGGCACUCCCUCCUACAUGGCUCCAGAGAUUGUGGCCAGGAAGGAGUACACAGGCUUUUGCGCAGAUAUCUGGGCCAUGGGCGUUCUGCUCUAUGCCCUCCUUUGUGGUAGCUUCCCCUUCCGCGGGCAAAAUGACCGCGACCUCUACCGGAAAAUCGUACGAGGAGUGUUUCACAUCCCAGAAUUCGUUGGUGAUGGUGCCAAGGCCAUGGUGCAGCGUGCGCUGACCGCCGAUAUGGCCAGACGGCCUACUGUGGAGGACCUGCUGUCUGACCAGUGGCUGUCGGCACAUCGGGAGGACUCACAUGCCAGCAAGGGUAGCACCAGCUACCAGCCCAAUAGCUCAACAAGCUCGACGUUCACAACCACGGCGCCCUCGAGCACCGGCCAGAGUGCGCGUGAAAGCUCCGGAGAUAGUCCUCGCUCACGCUAUGCCUGCCCACCUCCUGCACCACCGCUUCUAACCGGAGCCGGAGAUCAUGAGGAGAA